AUGGGACCAGAUGACUCAGAAACUGACACUGAGUCAGUUUAUCAAGCUUGGGAAAGAUUAAAAGCAAUGUUAAGAAAAUGCCCACACCAUGAAAUUCCUGAACAUAUGCAAUUAUACAUUUUUUAUCAUGGGCUAAAACCCUCUGCUAGAAAUGUGAUAGAUGCAGCUGCAGAAGGUUCUGUAAUGGGAAAAACCACAGAGGAAGCAUUGCAACUGUUGAAUGAAAUUUCUGAGAACGCUAUCCAAUGGCCAUCUGAGCGUGUGAAUACACAACAAUCAAAUCAAUUUGAGGCUUGUGACAUGUGCGGAGGAAACCACCAGAACCAUGAAUGUCAAGCAACCAAUCAAACGGAUGAACAGGUUAAUGUCAUCGGUUACAAGCCAUAUCUUUUUGGGAGUCCAAUGGCACAAAAGCAUCCAGGAUUUCAGUGGAGUAACCCAAAUGGUACAGAAAACUCUCAAAGCUUCCAGAAACAACAGGUACAAGGUCCGCCGGGAUACAAGAGUCAAAAUCGUGGGCAACCGAGUUACAGACCUUAUCAGCAAGCAAGACCAUAUCAACAAACAGGGUCAUACCAGCAGAGGCCCCAACAAGCUCAUCCAAGUCUUGAUGACCUUUUGUACAAGUAUAUUAAGGUCACUGAUGAAAAGAUGGAAAGCCAAAAUUCAUCCCUCAAAAAUCUGGAAAUUCAAUUAAGCCAAUUGGCAGCUCUUGUGUCAGAAAAGAUUCAGGGUCCCUUACCAAGAAAUACAGAGAAAAAUCCAAGGGAGCACCUUAAGGCCAUCACUUUACGGUCAGGUAAGGAACUAGAUGAACCUUAUGCAGGCAGACAAGAAAAGAACCAGACAGAACAACAGGUAGACAAGGGUAAGAAUUUUGAAAAACCAUCUGAACCAUCAAAGGAGAAAGAAAUAAAGAAUAAGGAAGAAAAAAUUUCUGAAAAAAUGGUUGCCCCACCUGUGACAAUUCCUUUUCCAUAA